UCCCAGUGAGGCUUGGCAAAUCAGCAUGGGAAUCUUGAGCAGAUGAUAUUCAGGCUACCUAGCUAGCCAGGCCCAGAGGCCAUGAAGCUACUGAAGAAUCAAGUUCAAAUAGUGCUAACUAAACAAAACCCAUGCUUAGCAACACCUUUCAUGGUUUCAUUCAAAACCACACCCACCACUCCACUACUCCAUGUAGUUAGUACUUAGUAGUACUAAUCACUAGUUAAUCGCGGCUUCGGUAUUCGCGUGACCGAGCUGGUUAAACAAAUCCCAUGUGGCGCGGCCGAGUGGAGCUCACGUGAGGCGCCAUUAAACUAGCUGAUCAUCAGCUCACGGCCCCAGAAAGAAAGGCAGGGAGGGGAGGUUAAACAAGGCCGGGAGCUCCAGGAACUAUAGAUUCUUCCCGUGGGAUGCCAUGCGAAGACCAAGGCAAGGAUGAGGAGGAGGAGGGAGGGGGACAGGACGGACGCAGACACUCAGGUGCAGCAGGUUAGCUGGAUUGAGGUGAGAAUCAGUUGAGAGGAGCAGAGCGCGCAACGGGUGUGGAGAAGGCAUGAGGUUGCUAGGUGGGAUUGUGAGGCUUGUUGCUCUGGUGUUGAUGUUGGUCGUCGGUUCGUCGGUUCACCAGGCGGUGGGAGUUGGUGCUAUCAGGCUGCACGACAGAAGGACGCACGGGGAGCAGUGGGCGGAGGAGAGGAUGCAGAUGAGGUCCUACAUGACCAUGGACUACACCCGCGUCAAGCGCCGCACGCCCAAGCACAACUGAUUCAGCUAGCUAGCUAGCUACAAGAGAGUCUCUCAUCUCCGGUCGGGCUCUGGCUCCUUCGGCAGCGACCAUCUGCUGAAAUGUGAUAGCAGGGGAAGCUCUGGAGUCAGCUAGCGAUCGAGAAGAAGCUCUCAGCUCUCCUAAUCCACCUUCUUACUUCUUCGGUAGUAGUAUGUGUAUGUAUGCGUCCGGCGUGCAGAUCCAUCUGUGCACGCAAAUUUUGCCCCCUGACCAAAUGUUAUUACUGCUAGCUUGAUUAAUUUAGGAUAUAUACUUACGCAGUUAUUAUGGUAGCACUAGCAGUGUUCGUCUUUCAGUUACACUUUUGUAAGAAGGUACUGUAGUAAUGUGGAUUCGUUUGGUGAAGUCCUGGUUAUUUCCCCUGUAAGUGAGGAGUGAUCAUGCACUACUGUAACAUCUCAAUCGUAAUGGAACCAGACGAGCCCACUGAGCAGCAUAUGUUUGCUAUA